UCCAUAACCUACCAGAGAGCUUCAGACCUCUCUCUCUCUCUCUCUCUCUCUCCUGAGCAGUAUCCCAACUGAACCCGCGCACACAGCGGAGAGAGAGAGAGAGAGAAAAUUAUUCAAAAAUCGAAACAAAUUCGCCGGAAAUUGAUUCGUGGACGAUGAGCAUCGAGCCGUUUAACAAGUUGGUGAAGCUUACAGCGAGGGCGUUCUACGAUGACAUACCGGCGAAAGGGGAGAAUCAGCCCAAGACCGGCCGGAGCGACAAUCGGGGGAUUGCGGUGGUGGUGCUCGAUGCGCUGUCGAGACGACAAUGGGUAAGAGAAGAAGAUUUGGCAAAGGACUUGAAACUGCACUCGAAGCAGCUUCGUCGUACUUUGCGAUUCUUUGAGGAGGAAAAACUGGUCACCAGAGAUCAUAGGAGAGAGACAGCUAAGGGUGCGAAGAUGCAUAAUGCUGCUGUCGCUGCCGCAGGAGAUGGGCCACCUGUAAAAGAAGGGGAAGAGAAAGUUAAGAUGCACACUCACUCUUACUGCUGUCUGGACUAUGCACAGAUAUACGAUGUAGUAAGGUACAGACUGCACCGUUUGCGGAAAAAAUUGAAAGAUGAGUUGGAGGACAAGAACACAGUUCAGGAAUAUGUAUGCCCUAACUGUGGGAAAAGAUACAACGCUUUAGAUGCUCUGCAACUGGUUUCUAUGGAGGAUGAGUACUUCCAUUGUGAAAAUUGCAAUGGAGAACUUGUGGCUGAGAGUGACAAACUAGCUUCGCAAGAAGUGGUAGGAGAUGGAGAUGACAAUGCAAGGAGGCGGCGGCGUGAAAAAUUAAAGGACUUGCUUCAAAAGAUGGAGGUACAGCUGAAGCCUCUAAUGGAACAAAUUAAUAGAGUUAAAGACUUAUCUCCUCCUGAAUUUGGAAGUCUCCAAGCUUGGGAAGCGCGAGCAAGUGCUGCCAGACGUGCAGAGAACGGUGAGUCUAGUGCCAUGGAUCCCUCCAAAUCUUCGCAUGGGAUGGGAUAUGGUGGAACGCCAAUGCCCUUUCUUGGAGAUACAAAGGUUGAAGUUGAUUUCUCUGGGGUUGAAGGAAAGGGCAAGGAUAUAAAAUCUGAAGCUGAUGGUACAAGCCUGAAAGUUUUGCCACCUUGGAUGAUCAAGCAAGGCAUGAACCUUACGAAAGAACAACGUGGAGAGGUCAAGCAGGAGCAAAAGAUGGAUGGCAGUGGAAGUGUAGCAGCUCCAGAGUUCUCAGAAGACAAAAAAUUCAGUACUGAAAAUAAUGAGAAAAAUAUACAGGAUGAGUAUUUAAAAGCAUAUUAUGCUGCUCUAAUAAAAAGACAGCAAGAAGAAGAAGCAAAGAAAGAACAGGAAACACACAUCUCUGAUGGUCCCUCUGCAGUGUCUCCUAAUCGUCAGGUUGGCAUGAAGUCAAAGCGCGAGGAUGAAGGAGAAGAUAACGUAGACUGGGAAGAGGCUCUAGUUACAGGUAAUGCAGAAAAUUAUAAGGUCCAUGACUUGAACGUUGAGGCUGAUGCUACAGCAGACGAUGAGGACGAUAUAGACUGGGAGGAAGGCUAAAGAACAUGAUUCGAAUGCCAAAGCUGAUGCUAUUGAGGAUGAUAUAGCCAACGGUAUGGAUUUCGAGGAUCUGAAUGGCUCAAAGUAACCAAAAGCAGCGCUUAGGAGCUCGUUUGGAUGUGCUUUUAAAAUGACUGAAAGCCGCUUUUAUAGAAAAUAUUUUUGGAUUCCAAAAACACUUUAAGUGCUUUCUACAAGAAGCACUAAGGAAGCAAUUUAAGUAUUUUUUCAAGAUUUACUAACAUUUUUACUAAGGACUGUUUUCAAAAAUAUUUUCAUCAAAAGCGCUUUCAGUAAUUUUAAAAGUACAUCCAAACGGACUUUAGGUCUGCAGCGUUGGUGUAGUUUCCCUUGUCAUGUGUAUUAGGUGGAGUACUGCUGAUUUUUACUUCGUCUUUGCUGGCAGAUUUAGUGUGACAAAUGCGAGAGUUCACAUACUUUUGUUUGACUAAUUAUCCUUUGAAGGAUUUGUAUACUGUGAAAUUUAUGUUCGUUUUGCUAGGAUUUAAGACUAACUUUUGUAAGUUUAUUGAAAAUAUCGUCAGAGUUAAGUGUAAUUUAGGGAAAAUAGUAGACAUUCUUGUGUUUUUAAAAGGGUUAAUUACACUAGCACUUCGAGGUU